AUGACGGUGAAAAGUAUUAACCAUCGUUCACGUUCCUCAUCCAUAUCAUCAAAUGAUAGUAGUCAUAUUAAUAAUAACUAUGAUUAUUCUUCAUCCGAUUCAUUUUUAUCAUUAAUUGAGUCGCCUGUUUCUUUAUCAUCAUCGAAAAAUCAGUCUAAUCAACAUCAACAAAAUCAAAAAUCAUUUAGUAAUCGUAAACGUACACAUGAUCGUGUGAACAUUGUCCCAAAUGGAACAAUAAUUAAAGAUUCAAAUAAUAAUAAUUGGAUUAUACAAAGUUGUAUUAAGGCACGCCGUGAACGUUAUCUUCAUACGGUUACACCUGCUAAAUAUCACUCAGUACAACAUCAACAACAACAACAACAUAAUAUUGUUAAAACUAAAAUAUCUCCACUAAUGUUUCUAACGGAAAAACUAAAAGAAUCUAGAGCAGAUAUAUUAAAUAAAGCUAAAGCUCAAAAUGAAGAAUUAGAUUAUGUUUUUUAUGGUGCAGUAAUGAGUGAUAAUAACAACAAUGAACAGUCAAUAAAUACGUUGACGACAACAACAGAUAAAUUAAUGUGGUCAUCAUCCAGUACUCUAUCAUUAUCAUCGUCUAAUAGCGUUGAAAAUAAUACUAAACAAAUUAGUGGUAAAGUCAGUGAUUCCUUAAUAACGCCACAACAACAAAAACCUAAACAAGUAAAUGAUCAUCAUCAUCUAUGCGAAAAAGUAACCAAAAAGAUCCAUGGUAUCGUUGAAUUUUUAAAAAAUGACGCAACAUAUGAUAGUAAUGCAGUGAACAAGUAUUCGAUUGAAAUGGUAUUUACACAAGAUAAAAGUCAAGAAAAUGAUAAUCUAUCAGAUUUGUUACAACAAGUAUUAAAAAAAGAAAUAUUUAAAUUAAAAGAAGCAAGACGAGAAAAUAUGCCUAGCAGCUGUGGUGAUGGAUUUUAUAAAUUUAUUGUUAGAAAAGAUUGUGGUGGUGUUCGUAACACAUAUGAAUUACAAGAAGGAGAGCCACAAGUAGAAGCCAAUAGUAAAGCAGUAUCAACACCAGUACAACCACUUAUAAAAUAUUUGGUAAAAUUAGAAUUAUCUUCAGGAAACAAGACCACAACAUCAUCAUUGUGUACAAUUGAUAAUGAAAUUAAUUUUUAUUCAAAAUUUGCUACACAUGAUAAAUUAAAGAGUUUUGUUAAAAAACAUCAACUUAUGUAUUUAGCUAUACCAGAAUAUGUUGCAUCCGGAGUAUAUAAACAUACAAAUGGUUCAAUAUAUAAAUUUUUAAUUAUGGAACAAUAUCGUGAUAAUUUAAAAUCAUUAAUUAAUUCAUAUGAUUCAAGUUUACCUGAACAUAAUGCAUUAAAUUUAUUUUUACAAAUGCUUUACGUAUUACAAUAUAUUCAUGAAAAAAAUUAUGUACAUAAAAUUAUAAAACCAAAAUAUUUAACGUUUGCAUCGAAACAACCCUAUUUCAUCUAUUUAACACAAUUUAGAACGGUGAAAUAUAUAAAUGAUAAUACGAUUCAUGGUGAGUGCACAGUAUUUUACAAAGUUUCUUCUUAG